UAACAAGCAAUUAUAUACAAAACUAUAGAAAUAUAUAGAAGCUAGCAAACUAAAAAUGAAAGCUACAUACUUGCUGGUUGCAUUCUUGGCUCUGGCCUCUUUUGCUUCUGCCUUUGAUCCCAGCCCUCUCCAAGACACGUGUGUUGCUGUCCCCGAUGGCAGAAGCAAAGACGCUGUAUUUGUGAAUGGAAAAUUUUGCAAAAACCCUGAACUUGUGGUAGCUGAGGAUUUUUUCAAGCACGUAGAUCCUGGGAAUGUUAAUAACAAAUUUGGGUCAAAAGCAACUCCAGUCACAGUUAACGAACUACGAGGACUCAAUACAUUGGGUAUAUCACUUGCUCGCGUAGAUUAUGGACCUAAGGGUUUAAUUCCUCCUCACACUCACCCUCGAGCCUCUGAGAUAUUGAUAGUUAUUGAAGGAACUCUCUUAGUUGGAUUUGUGACUUCCAAUAAUCAGAACAACACCAACCGUCUUUUUACCAAAAUGCUCAACAAGGGUGAUGUGUUUGUGUUCCCAAUUGGCCUCAUUCACUUCCAAUAUAACAUCGGUAAUGGCAACGCUCUCGCUAUUGCUGCUCUUAACAGUCAAAAUCCAGGUAUUAUCACAAUUCCAAGUGCUGUGUUUGGAUCUACUCCACCUAUUUCUCCCGAAAUCUUGGCUAAAGCUUUCCAAGUGGACUACAAAGUAAUCAACUAUCUCCGAAAGCAGUUUUCGUAUGAUAACAACUAG